AUGCCCAGGGUCRCUGCUCAUCUCCAUGAACGUGCCUUAGGCAUGCUGCAAGGAGGCAUGAGGACUGCAGAUGUGGCCAGGGCAAUAAAUUGCAAMGUCCGUACUAUGAGACGCCUAAGACAGCGCUACAGGGAGACAGGYCGGACAGCUGAURGUCCUCGCAGUGGCAGACCACGUYUYAKAACACCUGCACAGGAUCYGUACAUCCGAACAUCAKACCUGCGGGACAGGUACAGGAUGGCAACAACAACUGCCCAAGUUACACCAGGAACGCACAAUCCCUCUGUCAGUGCUCAGACUGUCCGCAAUAGGCUGAGAGAGGCUGAACUGAGGGCUUGUAGGCCUGUUGUAAGGCAGGUCCUCACCAGACAUCACUGGCAACAACGUUGCCUAUGGGCACAAACKCACCGUCYCUGGACCAGACAGGACUGGCAAAAAGUGCUCUUCACUGACGAGCGUGUACUSUGGAGCMGGAUCGAUCCACCUCUAUCGGUUUUAGAGGUGGAGGGUCRGUCAUGGUCUGGGGCGGUGUGUCACAGCAURAUCGGACUGAGCUUGUUGUCAUUGCAGGCAAUCUCAAUGCUGUGCGUUACAGGGAAGACAUCCUUCUCCCUCAUGUGGUACCCUUCCUGCAGGCUC